AUGGCUGGAGAAGUGGUAGUGGAUGCCUUACCGUAUAUUGACCAGGGAUAUGAUGACCCGGGAGUUAGAGAAGCCGCGCUGGCUAUGGUAGAAGAAGAAUGUAGGCGAUAUAGACCGACGAAGAACUACCUUGAAAAUGCUGGCCCCGAACCUAGUACAGCGUUUGAAACUCCAGCAUUACAAAGGGAGAUGGAAAGAGUGCAACAAAGACUGCCAAUGGAACCAUUGUCUAUGAAACGUUACGAACUACCUCCACCACCAGCUGGUCGUCUCGGCGAGCCCACGGCUUGGACAGAAGCUGUAGACAACUCACAUGCUCAGCUCUCCCACCAAGCUAUCAGAGUGUUAAACUUGGAAUUACAGCUGCAAUAUGGCUCAGAGGCAUGGAGAUCUUAUCUCAAUACAUUGCAGGCACUGGUGACUAGGAGUCAGAAUGUACACGGUCAGUUAAGGAAACAGAUUGCUUCUGUCAAUUGGGAGCGCAAACGUUCACAAACGGCGAGUGGCGCUCGAUUGAGAGCGUUGAGAAGACGGUGGGCUCAACUUGUGUCUGAUAAUUAUCGUCUUGAAAGAGCUAUCAUGCAGCUUGAAAUACAGCUGCAGAAGGCAAGAGGUGAGGCUCCUUCUGAUGAUGGUGAUCAAGACGAUUUAGAAUCCGUCAAAAAUCUACCUGACAAACUCAAUUCAGAGACAGAAAAAGAAGUGCAAAAGAAGAUUGAGGAUAUGUUUGCCGAUUAG